AUGAAAAGCUAUGACAAAUCAUGGCUCAUGUUGGUCAGAAGAUCCUGCUUGCGUGCAAGUCAAUCCAAUGAUCUCACAAAAGAAGAUUGCAAGGAAACAAGUUCAGUGGUUGUUUGCUUCGGGGAAAUGUUAAUAGACUUUGUUCCACUGGUGGGAGGAGUGUCACUAGCUGAAGCACCCGCUUUCAAGAAAGCUCUUAGUGGUGCUCCUGCCAAUGUGGCUAUUAGUAUCUCUAGACUAGGAAGUUCAUCUCCUUUCAUAGGCAAGGUUGGAGCAGAUGAAUUUGGGUACAUGUUGGCUAACAUUUUAAAGCUGAACAAUGUUGAGACUUCUGGCAUGCGGUUUGACCCUAAUGCAAGAAUUGCAUUAGCUUUUGUUACACUUAGAGUAGAUGGCGAACGCGAGUUCUUGUUUUUCCGCAAUCCAAGCGCUGAUAUGCUCCUUCAAGAGUUAGAACUUGAUAAAGAUUUCCUUAAGUAG